GCGACACGUACAGGCUGCGGCCGAGCUCGUAUUAUUAUAAACAUACAUGCACAGUGGACCUGACGUAGGCAUUCGUUUGGUGAUUGUGGGUGGCAUAAUUGACUUGGAAUUUUUUAAAUAAGUAAAGGACUUUGGUUAUACUACACUUCAGUUGGAUCGAACGAUAAAUAAUUGCGUUCGGUACUGUUUAUUAGGGCUUGUUAUCAUCGAUUAAUACGCGUUUCUUUCGUGAUAGAUCGUGACCGUAUCAAUAGUGCUAAUAUAAAUUGUUUCUCUUCGCCGAUGCGAGAAGACAAAACGAAACUUACUUAUUAUAGGUAGUUCUCGAACUUUGUUCCGGACAAAUAACUGACUGUGUUAAAUAACAACUGCUGUGCGGUGAUAAUGGAAGGAGUCGUUAGGUUAAUCGUAAAGGCCCCGAAUCAGCAGACUGAGGAUCAAAUUAUAAGAUGCGAAUUAGGGUGGACCAUUGGACGACUCAAGGAUCACCUCGCCCAAGUUUAUCCUAGCAAACCAAAGUCUUCCGAACAAAAGCUCAUUUACUCUGGACAGCUGUUGAGCGAUUCUGCCUUCCUGAGGGAUGUCCUCCAUCACUACGGUGGUGGAGACCAGCUCGACCAAUCCUAUACUGUACAUCUAGUCUGUGCUCCGACGAUGCCAUUUUACACAGACAAGGCACGCACUAACACAUCAACCAAUGGCCAAGACGGAAAUAUGGGCGUAUUACAGCCUGAUGCUGUUCUAAAUCCGGUUCAAUCGGAAAGACUCCAAAGUCAGAGCUUAGAAAGUGAAGAGGUUAACAAUCCAGGAUCUUCUUCCGCUCAGUUAUAUUCUACUCAGCGGUAUUAUAACCAGCUGAACAGUCAGCAGAUAGCAUGGAUGCAGCAGGCUUAUACGCAUUAUCUUACACAGUAUAUGCAGAUGAUGGCUGCGCAAGGUAUCCAAGUACAAAGCAGCAUUCCAUACAUACAGCCUGUGAACACGAACACAAAUGAAGCAGUCAAUAACAAUAAUCGCGAUGAUCAUCAGCGUGCAGCCGCUCAUGGUGCGGGGGCUCCCAUAGAUCCUGCAGAAGCAAACAAUGCCAAUAACAAUGCUGCUGCAGCCGAUGAGAGAGGAGAUGGUGGAAUAGUAUUGAACCGUGAUUGGCUUGACUUUUUUUACAUGCUAUCCAGAGUCAUUGUUUUGUUUAGCAUCGUCUACUUCUAUUCAUCUCCGCUCAGGUUUCUCAUCGUAACAUUUUUGGGAUUUGCUGUGUAUUUGUACCAGGGUGGUUUCUUUCGGGUGCAACCAAUGCUCUUGGUUGACAACAACAAUGGUCGUGUUGACAAUAAUAACCAAAUUUUACAAAACGAAGCUGUUGGAGCACAGGCUUUACCGGCACAGCAACCACCGCCAGCUCCUCAAACAGACACACAUGUUAAUCCCAAUGACGAAGAUGAAGGUCAGAGACCGGGAGCUUUGGCAUUUGCUUGGACAUUCUUCAGUUCGUUUUUUGCAUCUCUUAUACCCGAUCAACCAAACGUUGUCUAAUUCGAUAAUAAUUUCGUUCUAUAUUAUCCAAUUGUAAAUUAAUACAUACAUAUGCUUUAAAAUCGAAUUAAAACUUUGCAUUGAUGCAAGAGAUCGUCUCUGACAUGUUAUAGGUAUCAGUCCUGUUUCACAGACGUGGACUAUAUGAUAGCUGAAACUGUUCCGCCAAGAUAAUCUUUUAGUAACUGACAUAGGUCAGUGGACGAAUAGAGUAGGUUAGCACAUGUUUGUUGAAACGUCGAAGCAGUUGUUUUAAUAUUUUAGUAUAAAUGGUCAACGAUCAAAAUCUAUGAUUGAUAUAAAAUAGUGAAUUCAGACGUUUUUCAAACGUAAAAACUGUUGUAUGAGUAAUAGCAGACUAGUGGAAUUACGAGACGGAGUUUUCUGUGCAGGUCUAUUAUGGUAUAAAAAGUAUAUUCAACGAUUU